AAUCGGCCGGCUUUUCGAUGGCACGGAGCCCAUCGUCCUCGACAGUCUCAAGCAGCAUUAUUUCAUCGACAGAGAUGGGCAGAUGUUCAGAUAUAUCUUGAAUUUUUUAAGGACAUCGAAACUCCUCAUUCCUGAUGAUUUCAAGGACUACAGUUUGUUAUAUGAAGAAGCAAAGUAUUUCCAGCUUCAGCCUAUGCUAGGAGAGAUGGAAAGGUGGAAACAGGACCGGGAGAGUGGCCGUUUCUCAAAGUCUUGUGAGUGCCUGGUGGUACGAGUUGCCCCAGAUCUUGGAGAGAGGAUUACGCUGAGUGGCGAUAAGUCAUUGAUAGAAGAAGUGUUUCCAGAAAUCGGUGACGUGAUGUGCAAUUCUGUCAACGCCGGCUGGAAUCACGACUCGACGCACGUCAUCCGAUUUCCGCUGAACGGAUACUGUCACCUCAACUCAGUUCAGGUACUUGAGAGGUUACAGCAAAGAGGGUUUGAGAUUGUUGGCUCAUGUGGAGGUGGGGUGGACUCUUCCCAAUUCAGUGAAUACGUACUGAGACGAGAACUCAGAAGGACAUCUCGUGCACCCUCCGUCAUUCGAAUAAAGCAAGAACCUCUGGACUAAAAUGGACACGUUUCUUUAUGCAAAAAAAAAAAAAAAAAA